UGUAAACAAAUACAAAACAAUAUAACUAGUUGACCCUUUCAAAAGUUAUAAUAUUAGCCAACUGGAUAAACUGGUUUAUUAUUUUCAAUGAAUUACUCUCAUCAAAAUUAAAUUAACGGACUCAAGUAAUUAAAUGAGGAUAACGAGUACAUAUGGUUGGUAGAGACAAGCUAAUGAUCAAUUAACAAUCACUCAAAAAAACAUCAUUAAAAUAUAUUAGCAAACAAAUUUCAUAUAAAUAUUCAAAUACACAGUGUUGAUGAACAAUUUUCUAAGAAAAAAAACAUUAUGAAGUUCUUAGCAUGCAUCGUAAUGACAAUGCUUUUAUUUAUGGUGAGAAUUGAUGACUCAUUGUCAGCUAGCUGUUUCACAUGUAAUCCAUGUCCUACACCAUUUAAUCCCGGAUCCAAUUUAAUUAGAAAUAAAACAGGCUGUAGAUGGUGUGCUAAAAUUGAACCUAGCGGUUAUCCAUAUACUGUUAGAGAUUGUGUUGAUGUAUGUGAAGCAAAUUCUUGGUUCUAUAUGUUCAGUAAAUAUUCAUAUCAAUGCUGUACAAGAGAUUACUGUAAUAAGAGUCAUACAAAUUAUCCACCUCUACAAAUGAUAACAAUAAUAAUAUUUGCUAUUUGUUUCUAUAUCAAUAAAAUGAAUUCAAAAAUGUAAAAAAAAAUGAUUAAUUAAUUUG